AAUUCUGGACACAUCCAAGCCGCGCCUACUGUACCGGAAACACCUAAACAUCCUCUCUGCCUUACUUUGUCUGUUCUGUUCCUCUCCAGUUGAUAACAGUGUCGCUACAACAUGGCUGAACACGAUUUUUCUGAGGAGGAUCUGUCUAAGAUCAGGGUCGUGUUUGACGGUUUUGAUGUUGACGGACAGGGUUCGAUCAGCAGUACGGAGCUACAGGCCGCCCUCACCGCCUUGGACGCCAGCACCACCCCAGAGUUCGCUGAAGCUGUGAUGAAGAAUCUGGACGAUGACCACAGCGGUGACCUCUCGUUUGACGAGUUUCUGGACAUGGUGAAGGCCGUAAAGACCAAGCCGCAGGAAGACUCUCUGCUGACCGUCUUCAAAAGCCACGACGCUAGCGGAAACGGCACUCUGAACCGCUCAGAGAUCAGGGGUGCGAUGCGUGAGAGCGGUAUGAAGCUGUCUGACCGGGCCAUCGAUUACCUGGUCAACAAGGCGGACACUUCAGGGGACGGCGAGAUCAACUAUGAGGAGUUCUGCAAGCUGUUGGGUCGCUAGAAUCUCAACGAUUCGAUGUUUCACAGGAAACCAAGCCGUCAUAAGGCCUUAUCUUCCGAUGUAUACUUCCAACAAGGAAGUAGUAAUUAGGCUUUACAGCAGUAAUUUAGAUGAUGUCCCCUUAGGCUGAAAUAUUUCACGACGGUUGCAAAAUUACGAUGUUAAAACACAUGUAGCUACCAUCUUGUUUUGGCCGCGGAACGAUUAGUAAUAAGUUUCUGCAGGUUGAAGAAAACUUGUCACCUCAUACACACAGUUUUCCUAGAAGAAAUAGGAAGUUCUGACUGAAUAAACAACGUCUUAACACUAAUGAAU